ACUAUUGUUUGGCGACUGCUAAUUUGUGAAAAGUUUUAAGAAAAUAUCAUUCGAAAAGCACUUUGUAUACAGUAUACUAAACUGAGCCUGUAAAAAAUUCGAAAAGAUGGCUCAGGGGGUCUCAGAGUACGUGAGGGGUUUUUCCUUCAUGCCCGAAAAUAAAGUGGAUGUCAUUGAUUUGCAGUACAUAGAGGGUGGUGAGUUAUCCAGAGCAUGGAAAAUAUCCCGCCGGGAAAGGCUUAGAAACAUAGAAGCGAAGAUUUGGGAUGAGUUCAUUAAUGAACGGGAUGUGGUUGAAUCUGUUAAGAGUGAAGACCCAUACCAGUUUUUGGAGAAGCUUCCUGAAGCCUGCGUGAGGGAGGUCCUGGACACAGAGCUCACGAAGAUGCAGAAAGAAAUGGCUGAGGAAGUUUCAGUUGGGCAACCGAAGGAACAGGAAUAUAAAGAGGACCUCCAGGACCCGCGGGAAACCAUGGUGACCUUCGCCGAGGCGUUGGAGGACGAGCAGUGCGAUAUGAUCACCAUUUUGGACGAGGUUGAGGAUGAUGGCUCGGAGGCAUGCGAGCGGGAAGAGUUGAACGAGACAUUGGACAGCCCGUGUACCGUGCGAGAGAGACCGAGCAGCCCUGAACUGUCACCGAAGGCUUCCGAAAAGAACCGUGAGAAGUCGCCUGAUAACGUCACCAACAUGAUCGAAACCAGCAUAUACAGCGCUAAAGUAAAGGAGCUACAAUCUAAGGUUAACCUGGAGCUGUUAUCUGUUAUCACGACACUGGAAGCUCAUAAUAUGCAUCAACUGGAUCCGAACACACUCCCGAAGCUGAAAAGACAGUGCAGCGAGUUCUGUGCUCGCUACUGCCGCAUAUACUUGUAUCCCAUGUCUCGACAGAUCCACGACGUGACGCGACACAACAACUCGGCAACGCCGUACGCGCGACACACGCACACACGCUCGCAACUCAUCCGAGCCGUGUCGCUACAGCAGAACAUGUUGCAGUCCCUUCAGAUGUUCCACAAAUGGUUUACCCAGAAGACGCCGCUGCGGGAAUGCGUGUACGCACUAAAGAACUUCAUGCAAUUGGUGCGAGAAGCGGACUCGGUCUGCCCCGUCGAGGUCCAUAAUGAGGAGCUGCUGCAAACUUGCGAGAGCUUGGACAAUGCUCUGGGCCUAUACCUAGUGAAACUUAACAAUUACCUGGGGGAUGACACCGACACUAUUGCCUCGCUGUCUCGUUCGGGAAAGUCUCAUCAGUCUUCGAAGUUCAAUAAACAAGGCAAAGCAAAAACGGGCGCUGACGCCAAGCUAUCGAUGUACUCUCUGGAUAGGCUCCCGCGUUGUUCCAAGGCUUCCAUCGGACGAUCAAGCGGCGGCACGUCUAAAGCUCGCAUGGGAGUAUCGCCGAACGCCAACGCGAAAAACCCUAAUCCAUUGGAAAACGCAGACGCAGCAGCCAAUAAGAAAACACGGUCCCGGAGACCGCUGAUGCGCGCGCCGGGCGGCCGGCAGCGCUGCGCCGCGCGCACGAACCAGGAGCACGACAACAUCACCACGCUCGUCGAGACCGUCGACAUCGUAUGUAACCAUAGACAUAGUACUAGUUAUAGACAUGAAACCGAGCGACCUGUUCAGGUCCCGGAGACCGCUGAUGCGCGCGCCGGGCGGCCGGCAGCGCUGCGCCGCGCGCACGAACCAGGAGCACGACAACAUCACCACGCUCGUCGAGACCGUCGACAUCGUAUGUAACCAUAGACAUAGUAC